AUGGAUGCGUUAAAAAUUCGAGUAAUUAUGGAAUAUGAGUACCGUCGUAGCAGCAACGCGGCACAAGCGGCACGCAACAUCAACGAAGUUUAUGGAGCAAAUACUGCGGCUAAACAAACGCACUGCCUGUUUUGGUGUUUUACCCGCUUCCGUUCUGGAAAUUUCGACCUGAAAAAUGAACCGCAUGGUCGUCCGAAAACUUUGGUUGACAAAGAGAAAUUUAAGGCGAUUGUGGAAGCAGAUUAUACUUAA